CGUUAUUCAAAGGGCACAGCAGGCUGAUUCUCAUCGCUUAUGGAGCGCACGACCGAAACUGUGUAGUGAACAGCGACUGACUGGCAGUCACUACAGGGUCGCUACUCAACUUUACGCCUCGCCUUCCUUUUCUCAAAUUCAACCUUCCUGCAGGCACACCAAUACAUCAAUGAACUUGAUGCGCCAUGGCUGUUCCAGAACCACCACCACCGUCGCUUAUAUUCGACUUUGCCUCCUUUGACGAGGAUGAUCCCGUCGACAUUGAGAUGAGCCAGGCCCACCGUCAACUUCUCGAAAUGAUCCAGGGCCUGUCAGAAAUUGACAUCCACAACCAGCUUCAAGCGUCGGCGUCGAGUAGUAUGCAGAAACACGCAGAAAUCAUCAAUGGACUCGUCUAUGGUAUCUUAACCCACAAUGCCGAUACCAACAACAGCGCCAACACCAAUAACACAAAUAGCAGCAGUAGUAGUACCUCAGGAGGUCCAGGGCAAAGCAUCAGUUCAUCACCAACAGAACUCUUUCGACAUAUGAACCUUGUGGCGCGCGAUUCGCUCGCGUUUGCGGUCAAGCAGACGCGUCAUUUCUGUACACUACUUCAAUUCCAUAAGAUCAAGCCGCAAGUACGGGAGCAGCUGCUUUGGUUGGUCGGCCAGUUCACGGAAGUCAGAGUCCAUGGCAUCGAGCAGCUAUACAUGAGUCUUCUGAGGCAGAUCCGCGGUGGCGAUGUCUCACGAGCAAAUAUACAACAUGCAGAGGGUAUGCUUCAAUUGCUCGAGACACAUCUUCAGUCCUUCGUGUACUCAAUCCCAAAUUUAGUUGCCUAUUCGUGUUACACGUACCUGAGGAUCAUGUUGGACCAUGGACGAUAUGCGGCACUCAGACAGCAUGAAGCAAUGUUUUGCGCACGACUGUUGCGAGAACGAUUUCGAGACUGCUCGGACAUUGGGAGGGACCUCGUUAGGGCACUUCAGGAUGUUGCGCGGAUCAAGCCAAUAGAGGAAAUCUGGAUCAAUCUGCUGUACUCCCCCGAGAAAUUGAACCCGCAGCUCGAGGGUCUGCAUCAACUGACCGCCAUGCCAACAAAGGACCAGUACCUACAGAGUCGACUGACGUUCGAUAUGGAGCACAAGAUCCUACACAUUCUGAAAUUCAUUAACAAUGGACAACAUCACAGAAAUCUGCAAUGGUUUGUAGAACGGUACUUGUCAUCUCCCGAGGCCGAUGGAUUGUACUGCGACCUCAUUCGCUAUAUCUGUGGUGUAUAUCACCCUUCGAACGCAGUUCUUGCCAGCAGCAUCGUGCCACGCUAUGUCGUCAUCGGAAGUAUCUUCAGGACCAUCAGAUCCAAUGUCACAGCUGCCAAUGUCAAGCUCGCACUGUUUUAUGACUGGCUAUUUUAUGAUCCUGGCAGGGAUAAUAUCAUGGACAUCGAACCGGCUAUAUUGCUAAUGGAGAACUCAGUGGAGCGAUACCCAUACAUCACCGCGAUUCUGCUGGAAUUCUUGCAUUUUACAAUCGAAAACUAUCACCCAUCACUGCGGGACUAUAUCCACAAACAUAUAGGGAUGGCAGCGCAGGAUUUAGUCAAGAAGGGCGUCAUCAGAUCGUUCCGCUUUAUUUUCAAAGCACCAUCACUUGACGAUUACACUCCAGUUCGCGACUAUAUGCUAUCAAUGUUCCCAGCUCAACUCGGAGAUUUGGCGGAAAAUAGUGCAGGAUUCUCCCUUGGAGGAGUCGCUACUAUGGAGAGCAUGGAUGAACAGCCUUCUUCUGCACAACUCACUGGCGACAGUGACAGUAACGAAGGUAUGGAUGAUUUCGAGAAUCCUGCAUCUCAUGCCGGCUUUGCCGUGCCUGGAAUUACAGGCCAGGAUAGUGAAGAUGAUGAGGAGGCGCAUGAUCGUAAGGAGGUCAAGAGCGAAGGUCAGAAAUCAAGGAAUCACUCUCGAGAAUCUUCCAGAGAGCCAGCAUUAAGGGAGGAUAGUAAAUCGACUGUUCAAGAUGAUGAGGAAAACGGUGAGGAUGAAGUGAUGGAGUCAUCUUUGGUUGAGCAUCCAUCGCAGCAGUUGAAAUUUCAGAAUCAAGCAGUACUCGCAGAUUGGACAUUCACCGAUGAUAUGACCACCGCGGCUGGAUCAGGAAAAGACGAUGACCUUACCUCUGCAGCUGCAGCCCCCGUUCCUGGGGCUUCGCUUUGGAUUUUUGGCUCCAGCCUUCAGGAGUUCAAGAAAGCGUACGAGGCCGAUCCCGAUGCUUCCGCAACCGCGGAAAUGUUUCGCGACAUCUGGAAUGUCUACGGCGACGUUGCAGGAGUUGGAGUUGAUGGUGCAGACAUUGCGCAAGAGGUUGGUCAGGAGAUUUGUGCCUUUGCGACAAAAGCUGAAGUUCCAGAGUCAUAUGUGUUGCCGGUCGGUGAUGCGGAUCCGGGAGAGGAUGCAGGCGUGAUGGAACCCCUGAUAUCGUGUUUGUGGAGGGUCACCGAAAGGGAUGGUAAGGAAGGCGCAAUAAGGGUGGCACAGAUGUUUAUGAAAAGCGAGGCCCCCAAGGACCCCAGCGAAAGACUGCUUGGGAUGUGGUAUUUGCUAGGCCUGGUCCGUGGGCAGAGGCGCAGUAUGUCAGGGACUGCCAUCUCUCUGGAACAAUUGCUGCAGCUUUAUGGAUCGUAUGUCAGGGCUAUCGCCAAGCAGGAUCAAGCGGACAAGAUAGACGAGGACGGAACAGACGCUACCAGUGAUUUAACACUAUUUGCACAAGAAUAUCUCCUCAGGGACCUUCAACAGCUGCAAGACCGGCAGCUCAUGGUCUUUGAGAGCAUCUUGCCGCUGGUCUUGCGAUACCUGCCUGAGCUCAUCCCCAAGACUGAGGCAUUCUUGAAGCUAAUCCUUGUCAUGGCGACACCGGCUUUGAUCUAUCGACUUUCCAUGGGACUUGCUAAGCGCGAUUUCUCGUUGCUUUUGCCGCCAACGCCAUUAGAAAACCUGACGCCUGCAAUAAGGGAAGAAGAAAAGAAGACAACCAAAAAUACCCUGAGCGCCAAGAAAAAGAACGGGUCUAACGAACAACCGGAUGAAGUGGACGCCGCCACUCAAUCUUUAUCACGGAACUGGGAUCCGAAGAUCUCCCCAAACAUGGUGGAAAUCCUGGGACAGACUUUGGAAUGGGAAACGUUUGAACAGCUGGGCGUUUGGCAGUUGGUGCUAUCAGAGGUGGGAGGAGGAUCUGAUGCUGUGGCAACAAUCCUUGGCGCUGGUUGGGUCCUUGAUAUGACUACGGAAUCGACAGCAGAGGCGCUGAGCGGCAUUCUGAAUUUGCUCCGCACCCUUUCACUGGAGCCUCCAGACGUGAAACUCGGACGCGCGAUAAUCAGGAUCGCCAGCCAGACGGAGGUGAUCUCCAAGGAAAUGAGGGAGUUAUGUGAGGCGAACAUAGCGCAAUGGGCGAGGGGAUACCCCGAUCAUAUAGCUGCUCUUCUUUUGUCGCUGAGCGAAAAGACCGCACCUCCUGUGGAGCACCCAGCAACAGCAACAUCGUCGAAUGGUGACUUUGAAAUGGAGGACGCUACUCUAAAGUCAUCGACGAAUAGGGGCUCUGGCAAGAACACGCGCAGCAAGAACAAGACGAGUCUCGCCAAGACGAAAUUGACACCCAAGCAGAGAAAGGAACAAGCGGUGCAGCUGCGCGCUGCACUCUCUCUACUUCAGGCGUGGUGGGGGGACAUCGGCUUGUCAGCAUCGUCAUCAUCCUCAAUGGCAUCUUCGACUGCAAAUCACCAUCUUUUCUCGAGGAUUUGGACUCCACAAGUCAAGUCUCAAGUCGAAGAGGCCCUCACAGAGAACUUUGGGGCGAGUGAGAAGAAUCUCUGGCCCAGAGAGUGGUGGAUCAAGGAAGAGGAUAUAAGCAAAAGCAAGCGGAAAGGGGGGCGGAAAGAUGCCAAGAGCGAGGAUGACGAAGACGAAGAACAGAGUAGCGACGUCGACGAGGAAGAAGAACAAGACGAUGAUGAAUCUGGCAAUCGUCGCAAGAAGAAUACUGUCGAUCAUUCAGACGAGAGCGAACAGGAGCAGGAUAGCGACAAUGAGAGGAAGAACAAGGAGAGAAAACGUUUUGGAGGGGCCGCUGGGUCGGCUGGAUCAAGUCGUCGUAAUAGUCCUAAGAUCAAUUCGGGAACCUCGCUCAGCCACAAUGGCGGCGCCAGGAAGGGUUCUGCAGCAGGAUCUACUGCUGCUGGCAUAUUGAAUUCAAGGUCGCGUGGCAAAAACUCGCCAGCGCCCCAGGCAACCAAGAAGGCUCCGGCAAAGAAGGGAAGCGUGAAUCGGAAACGUAAGAUCUCUGACGACGAUGAUGAGGAAGAGGAGGAGGAAGAAGAGGAGGAUGAUGACCAGGAAGAAGAGGCGGAGGAAGAGGAAGUGGACGAUGAGGAGGAGGAGGAGGAGGAGGAGAACGAGGAAGAUAAGGAGGUCAAGCCAAGAAAGAGGCAGAGUAAACGACCGAUACGGAAAGCGGCAAAUGCAGCAGCGUCGAAGACGAGAGCGAGCAGUCGCAAUAAGGCCAAGCCAGUGACGAGAAAUGGGAAGCGGAAUCAGAUCAAGGACGACGACGACGAAGCCGAUGAAGACGAAGACGAGGACGAAGAGAACGAGGGGGAGCAGAGUGGAGAGGAUGAGAUCGAUGAGAGCACGAAAGAUCAAGCGGACGAGGACGUCGACCAAAACGGGGAGGACGAGGACGAGGACGAGGACGAAGAUGAGGAGGAGGAGAUGGAGAAGGGCAAGCUGCCGAUCUACUCGCAGAGACGCGCGGCAGCCUCGGCCAACUCGAAGCUGAUGACAAAGUCCUCGCCCACAUCGUCGUCGUCCUCUGCGUCUGGCUCUGGGACAAAACCUAAGGCUGCAACCGUAAAGCGGCGCGGAAAACUGAAGCGGCGGAUCCCGUCUGAUGAUGACAGUGACGAAUAGACCCGUAUCCUAGGGUCGAACAAACAAUGACAUAGCACCAUGUAAUAAACAGAGUCGUUAAUCAGUG